UUAUUUGAUAACGUUUUAGAUAAAUUUUAAGUCACAAAUUCAUAGCCUCUACCCUCCCCUCCCAAGAUACUAAUUUGUCUAAUGAUUCACAUUCUGGCGCCAAAACCAAACGGGUAAGAUGGCGGACAUGGAAGUCGAACCAAUGGAGGCACAAAACAGCCAAGAAAAAAGCAUGGAAGAAGAACCUAGGGCUGGAAAAACUAGCAGAGAUUCUAGGCUAAUGAUAGCGAAAAUUGUUAACGAGAAUUUCAAGUCGUACGCUGGAAAACAAGAACUUGGACCGUUUCAUAAGAGUUUUUCCUCGAUUGUUGGACCGAAUGGUAGUGGAAAGUCCAAUGUCAUAGAUGCCAUGCUAUUUGUGUUUGGUUAUCGGUCUAAAAUGAUUCGAACGAAGAAAGUUUCUCAACUUAUCCACAACUCGUCCGCUCAUCCAAAUGUUGCUUCUUGUACAGUAUCAGUACACUUCCAAAAGAUCAUUGACUUGCCAGGAGAUGAUUUUGAGGUAGUACCAGAUAGUGCAUUUGUCGUAGCACGAACUGCUCGUAAGGAUAACUCCUCAGAUUACUAUGUGAAUGGUCGCAAGACACCCUUUAAAGAAGUAGCUGCACUGUUAAGAGAAAGUGGCGUUGACCUUGACCACAAUAGGUUCCUUAUUCUCCAGGGUGAAGUAGAGCAGAUCUCUAUGAUGAAACCAAAGGCCCUAACCGAGCAUGAAGAUGGUAUGCUUGAAUAUCUAGAGGACAUUGUCGGUUCUAGCAUAUAUAAAGAGCCAAUAGAACAGCUUGCUAAAGAAGUGGAGGUCUUGAAUGAGUGCAGAGGGGAGAAGUUGAAUAGAGUCAAGGCAGUGGAAAAAGAAAAGGAUGAGCUUGAAGGGUCAAAAGAUGAAGCAGUAGAAUACAUCAAUAUGGAGAACAGUAUUACAACGAAAAGAAACACUCUGUUCCAAAAAUACAUUCAUGAAUGCUUACAGAAUGAAGAAAAAGCAGCGCAAAAGAAAGAUGAAGUGAAAUCUGGAUUUGAUGAGCUUCACAAACAGAUAGUUGAUUGCACAGACCGCAAGAAGUCAAAAGGAAAGGAGCACAAGAAACUAGCAAAGCAAUACGAAGAGCUUUCUGUUGUAGCAGAAGAGACGAAAAAGAACUUUGCUGCGUAUGAAAGGGAUGAUCUAAAGCUACGAGAGGAUUAUAAACAUGCCAAGCAAAAUGUCAAGAAACUACAGAAAAGCUUUGAAAAGGAAAAAGAAAAGCUGGCAAACUUGACAAAGGAACCAGGACAGAACCAAAAGCAAGUGGAGCAACUAGAAUCCAAGAAAGAACAGCUGGAGGCGCAGAAGGUGAAAGAAGAGGAGAAACUUGCAGAAGUUAUGGCAGGUCUUAAGAAUGAAACAGAAGGCCUGCAGAGUGAAAAAGAGGCAAAGGAAACACAGCUGAUGGAGAAAAAUAAAAUAGUGAAUGAAGCCAAGUCCAAGAUGGAUGUGGCAAAGAGUGAGUUGGAUAUUUAUAAAAGCCAGCAUGAUAGUGCCAAGUCACAGCUCAGAGAAGUACAUGGCAAUCUAGAAACUACCCUCCAGAAGGCACAACAAAGAAAGAGUGAGAUGAAGUCAAUAGAAAAGGAGCUGCCAGCCUUGAAGUCAUCACUCAAAGAAGCCAGUACUGAACUGGAAAAAGCCACAAAGGGUGAAGAAGAGGCAUCUGCAGAGCUACGAAAUGUCAGAGCCAAAGUAGAAGAAGCUAGAAGCUCACUUCAAGCAUCACGCAGCAGGGGAAAUGUUCUAGAAGCCUUAAUGAAGCAGAAAGAAUCUGGAAAAAUCAAGGGCAUUUAUGGCAGAUUGGGAGAUCUUGGUGCAAUAGAUGACAAGUAUGAUGUAGCAAUCAGCACGGCAUGUGGUGCACUGGAUCAUAUUGUAUGUGAUACCAUGGAAACAGCACAGGCCUGUGUGCAGUACUUGAAAAAAAACAAUAUUGGUGCUGCUACCUUUAUUGGGCUGGACAAGGUUGAAGUGUGGAGAAAAGAUGCAACAUCUAAAAUAUCAACUCCAGAGAGUGUGCCUCGCCUAUUUGACUUGGUACGUGUCAAAGACCAAAAGGUGUCAACAGCCUUCUUCUUUGCCCUGAAGAACACUCUAGUGGCAAGUGAUCUAGAAAAGGCAACCCGCAUUGCUUUCCAGGGUAACAAGAGAUGGAGAGUCGUUACUUUGCAAGGUCAACUUAUUGAUCAGUCAGGUACAAUGAGUGGAGGUGGAACAAGGGUUGCUAAAGGAAGAAUGUGCUCUUCUUUUGUCUCUGACGUGAGCCCACAACAACUUGCAGAAAUGGAAAAGAAGUUGGAAGUGAAUGAAAAGGCAACUGAGGAGUAUCGUGAGUCCAAGAAGAAGUUGGAGGAAAAAGUUGACGAACUCAAGAAGAAAGUCUUAUCAAUGGAACACCAGCUGGAGAAGAACAAGAUGGAAGUUCAGGCUCUAAACCAGCAGGAAAAGACACUGAAUGAACAGAUAGUGAACCUGAAGAAAGAAGUAGCUAGAACCACACCAGAUGAGGAUAAGCUGAAAGAGCUAGAGUCGACUGUAGAGAAAUUCCAGAAGGAGUGGAACAAAGCAAAUACAGCAGCCUCAAAGAUUGAGAGUGAAGUACAGAGCUUGCACAAGAAGAUCAUGGACAUUGGAGGUGCCAAACUAAAAGGCCAACAGACUCGUCUUGACACAGCCGUCAAAGCUAUUGAUGAAAUUCAAGGCCAGAUCACCAAAGCGAGUGUAGCUAUCAAGACAUCACAGAGGAACAUCAAGAAAGCAGAGGACAAAGUGUCGUCGCUAGAAAAAGAAAUACAGGACAACGAUGAAAACAUCAAAAAACUAGAGGUUGAGUUCAAGACGCUGGAAGAAAAAGCCACCAAGGUUCUGGAAGACUACGAACAAGCACAGAAACGGAUGACUGAGAUGGAGGAGGUCUUGGAGAAGACCAAGAAAGAGUUUGCAGAAGUCGAAGCGGAGGAAAAUGAACUGCGCAGCAAAGAGGUCGACUUGAAACACGAAGUCGAGAAGUUUGAAGCGAUCUUCAAGGAGAACCAACAAAAAGUCAAACAUUGGCAAAAAGAGUUAAGCAAGUUAGAAUUGCAGUCUGUUGGUCUGUCUGACAAUCAACAAGACGAAUCGCUACCAACCCUAACGAAUGAAGAACUGACAAACAUCGACAAGCAAGCUAUCAUGUACGAAAUAACUGUCCUUGAGGAAAAGUUGAACCAAUUGAAGCCAAAUAUGGCCGCCAUUGCCGAGUACCGUAAAAAGGAAGAGGCAUAUCUAGCUCGUGUAGGUGAGCUGGACAAAGUGACUUCAGAUCGUGAUGGCAGGAGACGUGAACACGAGGCGUUAAGAAAGAAACGACUGGACGAAUUUAUGGCAGGAUUUACGAUUAUAACAACUAAACUAAAAGAAAUGUAUCAGAUGAUCACUUUGGGUGGAGAUGCCGAGUUGGAGCUCGUGGACAGCUUGGAUCCUUUCUCGGAAGGCAUUGUAUUCAGCGUUCGACCGCCCAAGAAGAGUUGGAAAAACAUAUCAAAUCUCUCAGGAGGCGAGAAAACACUAAGUUCGCUGGCACUGGUGUUUGCCCUUCAUCACUACAAGCCAACGCCACUGUACGUCAUGGAUGAGAUAGACGCCGCUCUUGACUUUAGGAACGUAUCUAUUGUCGCUAACUACAUUAAGGAACGAACGAAGAACGCUCAAUUCAUCAUCAUCAGUCUUCGUAACAACAUGUUCGAGCUAGCAGAUCGUCUGAUUGGUAUAUACAAGACACACGACUGCACCAAGAGUGUAACAGUCAACCCUAAUCUCAUCGCCACACAGGGAUAGACUAAUCAAUAUGAGAAUGAGUGAAUGGUGUAGGUUAUUGGCAAGAAAAUGUGCCAAUCCAAUGUAUUAUACAAGUAUCUCUGAGCGCUAGUGUUUGAUCCGUGUAUUAUAUAAUAUCUUGUGUUGUGUAAUUCCGGUUUUAUUACAGUUUAUCGAUGUUUGGGUGAAGUAGCUGUCAAUGUCAUUUUGACAGAACUUGCCUUUCCAUAUCCACCCAUUGUGGAAAGUUUACACGCCGACCUACCAUAUAUGCGGGACAUAACCUGUAACUGCGGGACUUACCGGGAUUCACACGGGUUUUAAAACCCAGUACGGGAAACCCACUGGAAUAAAAAAUCUCACGGGACAGACCAUGGAUCUAAAGGAUAGCUCUUUUUCUUCUCUUUGUUAUUUUCACACAUAAACUAAUGUAAAUAGUCCAGUAUUUUUGAAGCCCGUCUUGAUUGACAAACUAACUAUAUCUAUUCUCAUCAACCGAUAAACCACAACUGAAUUACUAUCAAUAAAUUAUUUUAUUCUUUGUUCA